AGCAAAGUUCAGCGUAUUUUACAGUGUAAUAACGCAAAAAUGACAUGGCGUGCUAUGAUACGACAAUCAUCCCAAAUAAAAGAUUUAUUCACGACAUAGAUUACAUCAUCACGUAACGUUACUGGCAAACGAAUAAUAAACCUCGCCAAACUGGAGUGAACCAGGAAAACAAACCGCAGCUGUCACAUGAUCAAUGUCAGUUGAAACACCACCACCAACAGGUCUAUUAAACACGACGCACCGAUUUUGAAGUCCAGGCCAUGGCAGGCACCCUACAUCCACAGCUGUUGCUGCUGUCGAGGCAGUACUGCAGAGUUUUCUCUGUGAUUCACUCGCAAAUUCACACCAGCUGUUUGUUGGCCUCUAAGGAUCACUAUAAAGUUCUUGUGCUUGGUGGUGGGAGUGGUGGCAUAGCAAUGGCUGCGCGUAUGAAAAGAAAGGUUGGUGCGGAAAAUGUGGCCAUCGUGGAGCCCAGUAAGAUGCAUUACUAUCAACCUAUAUGGACGUUAGUUGGUGCAGGGGCUAAAAAUGUUGCCUCUUCUGGACGAACAACAACAAGUGUUAUACCCACAGGGGUGAGGUGGGUCGAGUCUAAAGUGGCAGAAUUUGACCCUCAGAACAAUACUGUUUACACAGACUCUGGAAAUAAGAUUUCCUAUGAUUAUCUGAUUGUUGCACUUGGUCUUGAGUUGCAUUAUGAAAAGAUCAAGGGCCUGCCAGAAGGCUUUGAACAUCCCAAAAUUGGUUCAAACUACUCUGUGCAAACGGUGGAAAAGACAUGGAAUGCCUUGAAGAACUUCAAAGAGGGCAAUGCUGUGUUCACCUUCCCAAACACUCCCAUCAAAUGUGCAGGAGCCCCUCAAAAAAUCAUGUAUCUCUCUGAUGCCUUCCUGAGAAAGACAGGAAAAAGGUCCAAAGCCAACAUUAUUUUCAAUACCUCCUUGCCCGUGCUGUUUGGGGUCAAGAAAUAUGCUGAUUCCUUGUGGGAGAUUGUGAAAAGUCGCGACCUUAAUGUAAACCUCAGACAUAACCUCAUUGAGGUCAGGGCUGACAAAGGGGAGGCAGUUUUUGAGAAUCUUGACAAACCUGGAGAGACAAAGAUUUUCGAGUACGAGUUUCUCCACGUUACCCCUCCGAUGGGACCGCCUGCUGUGCUGAAAGGAUCUUUGCUGGAGGAUGCGAGCGGCUGGCUAGAUCUAAAUAAGGACACACUUCAGCAUAAGAAGUACUCCAAUGUAUUUGGUAUCGGAGACUGUACCAACCUACCAACAUCCAAAACGGCAGCAGCAGUAGCCGCACAGUCUGCAGUACUUGACCGAACUGUCAGCAGAAUUCUGAAGAAACAGAUGCCAGAUAAGACAUAUGAUGGUUACACCUCUUGCCCACUGGUUACAAGCUACAACACAGUCAUCUUGGCAGAAUUUGAUUAUGAUGGGAAACCCCUGGAGACCUUUCCUGUGGACCAGAGUAAAGAGAGUAGGAUCAUGUACCACAUGAAAGCCGACGUAAUGCCUCAUCUCUAUUGGCAUGGACUUCUCAAGGGACUUUGGGGAGGCCCAGGACCUUACCGGACAAUCAUGCAUCUGGGAAUGAAAUAGAGCAUACUACAUGGGAACAGACACAAUGUAGUAUGCUCUAUUUCAUUCCCAGAUGCAUACUACAUGGGAACAGACACAAUGUAUUAUUUUACAUUAUUAAAGGCACAAAGUGUUUGAUAAAUUGUGACUGGCCAGUGUUUAGGAUUUGGUGCCAAAAUUGAAGCCUAUUUAUAAUUUCUGGUUGUUAAUGCUUGCUUGUUUAGUUGUGUUACAUGUUUAUAUACAAUAACAUACAGAUUAGUAUGUACAAUGUCUGAUCGCAGUGAUAUAUAUAAAAGCAUUUUGGCUAUGCUUUUCAAAAUGGCAUAUUCAAUGUCCGAGUCAUUGAAAUGACAUACUACUUAUUGUGAGUUUCCUUGAUUAACUAUCCAUGCAUCAAUCUUACAGAAAUGUCUUAUAUGAAAAUAUGGGAAUAAAGAACAUUAUUCUUUU